AGAAGGGUAGUUAUCAAAAUCAAAGAACUAUACCGCAAAAAAUUAACAAGGAUAGUUCCAUUAAUAAGGACGGAAAAUCAAACUAUUAAUGUCCAUAGUAUAGUGUAGAUAGUUGUAGGAAUUUUUUCUUUCCAAACCGCUUUUCUUCGAUAUAGAACUAAAAAUAUAUUACGCAAAAUAAAAAAAAAGAAUCAUUUAUCCAUAUGAAUAAAACAAUGUUGCCGAUCUCCUGAGUAAUUGGUUUUAAAUUGAUUCUUCUACCGUGGUACCUAAUUAACAUGGAACUCACUGUAUCACUACUGGUCUUACCAUUUUCAAUAGGUAGGUUGAGCCAAGUCGCAAGGACUUUGAAAAGCGCAUCAAACUGGAAGCACUACAAGAAAAAAAAUUUUUUUAAACAUAAUAAAAACAUAAAUUUAAAACAUGGUAAACGCCCAAGAAUGGUUGGAUAAUAACUACCCUAUAAACGGCACUUGUAUAAACGAGGAUGAUAAAGAAAAUUAUGGAAAAAGGAGGGAAGAGAUAGUUGAGCUAGACAUUAGUAACAAGAACCUAGAAGGUCCCUUAGCCAAGGACGGGGGUUGGAUUAAUCUCCGUAAGCUAAAUAUGUCUUUUAAUAAUAUAACUCACGGUUCAGUUGGGCAUAACAGUGUUAAAGAUAUGUCUAACUUGGAAGAAAUUGAUUAUUCUCAUAACUCUCGUUCGGGAACUUGGGGGUCACCAGCUUCAUUUCCAAAACUUAAAAAGUUAAAUCUCUCUAAUAAUUAUAUAAGGAAAGCAGACCUUGCUCACGCCCCAGAACUUACUCAUUUAGACGUUAGUAAUAAUCAACUUGCUGAGUUAAAUAUACCAAGUAAAAAUCUACAAGAAUUAAAUUGUUCGGAUAAUCCUCCCUUGACUAACUUAUCUUUGGCUUCUGAUUCUUCGCCUCAAGUUACUGUGUUGGUGGUAGCAUUCUUGGACUUAUUGUAGCGGUAAUUUCUUUAUGGUAUACUUCAGAACGAUUCAGAAGACUGUUCGGUAGAAAGUAAAGGGAUACUAAUCAUUUAUUAAACUAGCCCAAAUUCUUAAAUGAGAGUUAGAACUCACCUGUUAACUACGUUAACAGUUAAUAUUUACAAUAUAUAUAAUAUAUGCUAUAAUGCAUUUUUCUUGAUUUUUUUUUGUGAUUUUAUUUUUUAUUAUUAUACUAAUUUUUUUAUUGUAAUUAUAAUAAUCAAUAGUUCCAAAAUUGUUAUAUUAUCAAGAUUUUUUGAUAAAAAUUCCAUAUAUAAUAAAAAAUAAAGUUAUGCUUUAUUUAAGAAAU